AGCCGCUGUUAGUUAGUUAUUUGUGUGCGUCGCCUUGCCGCGCUCUUUCCGCAAAGCGAAAAACGGAGUUGAAGCAACACGGCGAAAAUUGCAGUGGCAGCAGCAGAGCAGCGGCAGCAGACGGAAUAGGAACGAAAGCCCAAGCAGGAGCAUCCAUAAAAAUAAGAAAAAAAUAAUACGAAAAAUAAGAAAACAAUGCGUGCGGUGAUUUUCUUAAUAAUUUUGUUAAAUUGUUUAUUAUUUAUUUUAUUUUUCUGCCUUCGUUAUGCCAUUAUGUAGUGCAAUUGCAGUUUUUCCUGCCUGUUUUCUCGCCCUGCUGCUGCUUUUCAGUCGCUAUCGCGAUCUUCUCAAGGCUGCACGCGUUUUCCGUUGACGCCGCCGCGUCGUCAUCGCGUCUGUGUCGCGUCUACGUGUUCAAAGGCAGAAAUUCCUUUUAGUUCGUGCCAUUUUUCGCCUUCAUAAUUAUUUAAAAUUAUUUCGGAACGCGCUACGUUUCUAAUUUGUUAAUUUUUUUUUUGUUUUUCUUUAUAUAUAUAUAUAUUUUUUUUUUUUUGUGAAGAAAAAUGAACGCCACGUUUGAAGUGCAUGCAUAAAAGGCAUAUGUAAAGUUCAAGGAAGUCCACGAAAGGCCAACACAUGUAUUCAAAAGGAAAAUCAAAUUCUUUCAAAUUAUUGAAAAGAUAAAAAAAAAUAUAAAAGAAAAUAAAUAAUAAGAAAAUAAUUACACAAAUAAUAAGAAAAUUAAUUUAAAAAAUAGUAAAGAAAUUUUUAAGAAAAAAAAAAAAAAUAAACCUCGACAAGAGACGGAUUUUUUGGGUUUCUGUUGGAGGAGAGCGUUUUGAUAUAUUUUUUCCCCCUCUAUCACUUGCCGCUGCCUGCUGCAUACAGCAAACAGGGUGAGUUCUAUUUGUGUGGAAAUCUCACUAAUCGAAGAUGUAAUUUGGCAGCGUAAGCUGUCACCGACAUGGGCAGUGAGCACUACUGCUUGAGGUGGAACAAUUACCAAUCCAACCUGUUAGGGGUGUUUAGUCAAUUACUACAAGACGGGAGCCUGGUGGACGUCACUUUAGUUUGCUCAGAGGGCACAUCCAUCAGAGCCCAUAAGGUGGUCCUCUCGGCUUGUUCCUCGUACUUCCAGAGCCUGUUCCUGGAGCACCCUGAAAGACAUCCAAUUGUGAUAUUGAAGGACGUCCGUUUUGCCGAGCUGCAAACCUUAGUUGAAUUCAUGUACAAGGGCGAGGUGAACGUGCAAUACUGUCAGUUGUCCGCGCUGCUCAAGACAGCCGAAUCCCUCAAGGUCAAGGGCCUCGCCGAGAUGACGAACCAGAAUACGACGCUGCGCGAGCCGGAAAGAGAGCCGGACCGUUUGCGUCCCCAGGGUGGUGGUGGUGGCACCUCCCACAAGGCAGCCGAUAGUCCAGCGGCGGCUCUAGAUGCCACGUCAACGUCAACGGCGGCAACAACAGGGACUGCAGCAACAGCGGCAGCAACAUCGACCUCAACCUCAGCAACAUCUGCGGCAGCAGCAGCAGCAGCGGCGGCGGCGGCAACAUCUGCAACGGGAACAACAGCAGCGGCAACAUCUGCGGCGGGGAGCAGCAGCGGUAGCAGUAGUACAAGCACAACGACGGCCACCACUACCACAGCAGCAGGCUGUGCCACAACCGCUGCCUCAACUACAGCUGUCACGGCGACUUCCGGUGCCACCCACGAGGAGGCCACAUCCUCCUCCUCCUCAGCACAGAAGCGAGAGGCCAGCGAUCGUUGCAGUCCCACGCCCGCCAAGCGUUCAUCCCGGCUGCAGCAGGACAAGACGGACCACCACCUACUGGCAGAUUUAGAGGCUGAGCAAAAUGAACGCUCCAAUGAGCGGGAUGAGCAGCAUGGCGAUGAGGAGGAGGACGAGGAGGAUGAGGAGCUACUGCUGGCACGCAACUUAAAUGAUGACGAUGAGGAGGAUGAGGUGGAGGAGAUUGAUGAGCUGGAUGAGAAUGAGGAUAUUGAGGAGGCGAUGCGAAGGGCACAGCAGCUGCAGGCAGCGGCAGCGGCGGCUGUGGCGGCGGCGGCAACAGCGACGGCCAAUGAGGGGGACGAUGAGGAUGAGGAUGAAGAUGAGGAUACGCCAAUGCCGUUAGAUCUCUAUCAAAGACCUGUCGAGCCAAAAAACGCUGCAGCAGCAGCAACGACGGCGGCGGCGUCAGCCUCCUCGGGGGUGUCCACUCAGGGCAAUGCCUCCACUCACACCAAUGCCAAUGCCAACAUCAACAACAACAACAACUCCAGCAGCAACAACAAUAAUAAUAACAACAAUAAUAACAACAACAAUGCAAGCAGCGGGAAGACCACAAGUUCAGCCAGCAAUGGUUCCCGUUCUGGUUCCGUUUCCGGUUUGGAUGGAGCCGUUGUUGCCUUGGAUGAUGAUGAUGACGACGAGGAGGAGGAAAGGCUAGGAGACAGAGAGCGAGAAAGAGAAAGAGAGCGUGAACGUGAACGUGAACGCCAGCGAGAUCGAGAUCAUCGCCUGGAGCAGGACAUGGAUGAAGAUCUGGACGAGGAUGUGGUGGUGGUCGGUGCCAGUGCCAGCGCCAUGGCCCGAGGCAUUGCCCAGCGCCUGGCCCAUCAUCAGACACUGAGGCUUCAUCAUAGCCAUCACUCGCACCACCUGCACGCCACGCACCACCACCAACCGUCGCAUACGCAUUCGCAUUCGCACACACAUCCGCAUUCCCAACUGUCGCCCUCGGACGACGAGGAUGCCCUGCCCGUGAUUGCCAAGACGGAGAUCAUCGACGAUGAUUAUGACGAUGAAAUGGAUCUCGAGGAUGACGAUGAGGCGGAUAACAGCAGCAACAAUGAUUUGGGCCUCAACAUGAAGAUGGGUGGUGGCAGCGGCGGCGGUGGAGGUGGUGGUGGAGUGGACCUUUCUACUGGCUCCACCUUAAUACCUUCGCCAUUGAUUACCCUGCCCUCCUCAUCGGCAGCAGCAGCAGCCGCUGCUGCGGCGGCAGCAGCCAUGGAAUCACAGCGCUCUACGCCGGCCAUUACGGGUUCGGGAACGGGUGCCGGAGCCUCUGACCUCAGUAUUGGUGGCUCUGGGGGUCGCCCAGCGUCACGGAGUUCACGCGAUGGCGGUAAUGAUGGUCGAGGCGGAGCCUCUUCCUCCAGUCUGCUGAGUCCCGGGACUGUGGCCAAUCUUUUGCCCGUGCAAUCGGUGCCAUUGAGCCUCAAGAAGGAGAUCGAUUGCAGUGAGGAUGACAACAGCAGUCACAGCAGACACAUGCAACAGCGUUCGGCAUCAGCUGGCGGCGGGCUGGGCGGCGACCUUGACUACCGUGCCUCCCACGAGUCGGAAACGUCCGAAUCGCCCCACCAACAGCAACAGUCCGUUGGUGGCUCAGCGGCCGCCGCAGCCGCUGCCGCUGCCGCCGCCGUCCUGCUGCAUCAGCAGCAACAGCAGCAGCAUCCGCACCCCCAUCCGCAUCCGCACUCGCAUCCGCACUCGCACACGCACCCGCAUUCACACUCCCACACCACCACCCACAGCCACUCCCACCAGCAACAACAACAACAACAGCAGCAGCAGCAACAGCAACAACAGCAGCAGCCACCCCUAAGCCCGCCGCCGCCCCCGCAGCUGCACAUGAUACCGUGCAUCUACUGCGGCAUGACCUUCCCCAACCAAUCGAAGCUCACGCGUCACCUGCUGACGCACUCGCUGAAGACGCUCGAGUACCGGGAGCCGGCCACCACGGCGCUGCUUCACUCUCACCUGGGAGUGCUCAGCGAGCUCAAUAUGGCCGGUUUACCGCCGCCAUUUGCCGCCUUUCAGAUGAAUGCCGCCGCCAUGGCGGCCACAUCCGCUGGCAGCGACACACAGGAGCAGGUGGCUGCCGUUGCAGCGGCCUUUGGGAUCGAUAUGGAGGCGGCUCUAUCGUUGGCCAGUGCCGGUUGCACCUUUCAGAGCUUGACGGCCAGCCUGGAGGCGAGCCAGGGCGUUACGGCUGGUGGUGGACGCUCUUCGUCAGCCGGAAAUGGCGGUGGAAGUUUAAUGCUAACCGGAAGUGGAUCAUCAACCGGCGGUGGUGGCGCUGGAAGCGGAGCUGGAGGAGAAAGAGGAGGCGGUGGUUGCGGUGGUGGUGUAGGAGGAGGUAGUGGUUCGGGUGGAGCGGGAGGAGGAGCGGGUGGCGCUGGCAGUGGUGCAUCCGGCGGCGGCGGUGGUGGGGCCAGCGGCUCCUCCUCGCCAUCAACCUCUGCCGCAGCGGCGGCGGCGGCAGCAGCGGCGGCCGCAGCAGCUGCUGCACAGUCGCAGUCAGCCGCGCUGCUCGGCGCCGCGUCCAGUGAUCCGAAUAGUGUUGUCAUGUGUAAGUUCUGUGCUAAAAGUUUUCCCGAUGUUACAUCACUGAUCACGCAUUUGUCGGUACAUACAGGUGAUCGACCAUUUAAAUGUGAGUUUUGUGGCAAAGCGUUUAAGCUGCGCCACCACAUGAAAGAUCAUUGUCGCGUGCACACCGGCGAACGACCUUUUCGAUGUAAUAUGUGCGGGAAAACGUUCUCGCGCUCAACGAUACUCAAGGCGCAUGAGAAAACGCAUUUUCCCAAAUAUGUGCGCAAGUUUUUGUCACCCAGCAGCCCGGUCGAUACAAAGGAUGAGUUGCCGCAAUAGUGAAACGAUUUUAGUUUGUUAUUAAAUUAUUAUUAUUACUACUAUUACUACUAUAAUAAUAACAAUAACAACAUCAACAACAACAACAACAACAACAGCAGCAGCAGCAACAACAACACCAACAAUUACAACUACAACAACAAUUGAUGAUAAGAGAACGAGCCAACAAGAACUUUGACUUACUUAAGAGGAUAGAAAAGCGAGGAGAGACCAAUAAACACCAACAAAAAAAAGCAACAACAUUAACACACACACACAAACACCAAUACCAACCCACAUAUAUGUAUAUACCGUUGAAACCAUGUAUAUACAUAUGUACAUAUUUUAUUAAUUAUAUAGAACGAGGCAUCCGAAACGCCUCAGAAGAAUCACAGUGAGUCUUCAGGGGUAGAGAAAGAAAGAAACUCUAGCAAAUAGGAAAGAGACAGCAAAACACCAACACACACACAUAAACCAGCAUACAGACACAAUAGAGCAGGCAGGCUAUAACCGUACACAAAACAUCUAUAUUAACAUAUACAUUAUAUACAAUAAUUAUAUAGCAGCAUAUUGUCGAAUUGUUGAAGUUUAUACCAAGAAGCGAACUUGUUUUUUUUUUGUGUGAAAGACGAUUAGAAAGCGGAUCAAGAUGAUCAGGAUCAGAAUAUAUAUAUAUGAUCCAAUGCGAGAACAGCGAGAAGGAUUGGAUAGAUACAUAUAUCCAGAAUAUCCCGUCUUUUUUUUUUUAUUGUGAAGAGAAGCGUUUUUUUCUACACAGUUAACCUAGAGGGAGAACAAUUAAAGCUAAUUCGCAGCGUGAGAGUUGUAGCAGGAAUCUAAUAAAAAAUUAUAUAUCUACAUAUAUAUAUAUACAUGCAUAUAUAUAUGAUAUAUAUAUUUUUCAAAAGUAUAUAUGUAAGAGAACGUAAGACAUAUAGGCAAGAAAGAAAAAGCCCAAAAAAAGAAAAUAAUUAAAAGAAGUUUACAGAAAAUAUUAAAAAUAUAAAAAAACAAAAAAUCGAUAACUAAACAUGAUAAAAAAAAUGGAUCUAAUUGAAUACGAUUUAGUAAUGCUAACGAUAGCGAUUAACGAUAAACAUAUAAUAUAUAUAUAUAUAUAUACAUAUAUAUAUAAUGAAAAGAACAGUGAACACGUGAUGUAACUUUUUAAGUAGCAGCCGAAGCCGAAGGAUCCGAGAACGUAGAAUGUUGACGAUGAUAAUAACGAGUUAAAGUAGCUUAAAGUAAAUACAACACCCGCUCCCCUUCCCUUACACCAACAGACACCCAGGCCCAAGUAAAAGCAAAGUGACCUGGUGAAAAAACACACCAAUACACCAACACACGAGCCAACAACAAUUCACGAAUUAGUAUAUUAUUUUUGUGCGUCUUUUUUUUUGUAUUUUUUUUUUUUGUUUUGAAACAAGUGAGCAAGUAAAGUUAGUAAAACAUACAUAUCCCAAGACACAAGCCCUAGGCAGAUCGGCUACAGAUCGAACAGCUAUAUAGAGGACUCUUUUUCGAUAGCGAAAGCUAAGCUCCACUUAGUCGCCCGCUCCCUUCGCUCACACACACACAGACACCCACUCACACGCGCGUAUAUUAUACACUCACAGAACUUAUUAUACAGUAAUAUAUAUACAAAUAUCUAUAUACAAUAUUUAUAUAUCUAUAUAAAACCAGAUGCAGAAAAAAAUAAAAUGAAACAGAAAUCAGACAAGAGACAGGAGAGACAUUUUUGGAAUUCAGAUAAAAUUUGAGAAAAGCAGCAGCAGCAGAAUUACAUAGAAUAUCUGUGAUCUUAACGAUAUUUAUAUAAAUCUUAUACAUAAACCAAAAAAUAUAUAUAUGUAUAUGAGUAGUAGAGGGAAAACAACACCAACACCAACAACAACAACACACCAACAAACACACCAACAAACACACCAACAAACACACCAACACUAGGCAUACCAACUAAGGGUGGUUGUAGCAAACGAAACCAGAAAACAAAAAAAGUUGGAAAACAUUUUAGGCUCAAAAUUUGAUUCGAAAAUGAUGAACCCUUGACGCACUGAUAUAUAUUUUUUUAUUUUAAUAUUUUUAAAACAUUUAACCAGGUUUACUUUGCUUUGAAAGACAACCCCUUUAUGACCCUUUUAAUAAACAGAAUUGUCAGGAAUAUCUUGAGAGAAUUGAAAUCAUUUAAAAGUUGGCUGAAAAGUAGGCUAUAUUUUAAUGAUUUUCCUGGCUCUUCUGAUAAACCUUAAAUUUGUUUGCAUUAUCACGAUUUCUAUAUUGAAUUUUUGGCUACGAAUUCUCUUUUUCUCUGGCUAAACUAAAGGGAAAAGCGAAGUUCCCCCAUAACCCUUGCCCUAGAAAUAAAACCUUUUCCUCCAAGCUCCAAGAAAGCCCUUGGCCCGGCAACAACAGCAAACGAAAGGAAACAAGAAAUGCAAAUCGAUCUCAAAAUUAUAACAAUAUAUAAAAACAAACAAAAAAUUAUCUAUAAAAGAAAACAAAAACCAAGAACGUUUGUGACUGUUUUGGGGUUAAGCGCCAGAAUUUUGGAGGGUUAAAAAACCAAAAACCAAUUCUUGUUUUCUGCGGCUGGCAAUAAGAUUUUUUCCAUUCGAAUUGGGAACACUGAAACAUUUUUUAAAUAAAAACAAAAAAUAUUUAAAAUAUUUAGAAGAAAGGAGGCAACAACAAGAAAAAAAAAAACGCACACCAAGAAGCACGCUAGACAAAAUUCAAAAUUCUAAAUUUUAAAACAAGAAACCUUUUGGCAGAAAGCAAAAGCAAAAACAAAAAACGGGAGAGAAACACAAAAACUUUUGGAUUAAACAAUUUGGCUGUGAUAGCAUUACAAGAAUAGUGAAUAAUUAUUGAAUAAUUAAAACGUAUUUAACCAAAAAAACAAAAAACAAAAAACGGGGAGAGCAGAGGCAAAUAAUUAUAAUUAUUUGCUAAGCAUUUUUUGGAAAAAGCAGAAAGCAAAAAAGCGUUGCCAUUUUUCACCUUUGUUGUUGGCUUACUUUUCUCAUGCAGUAUUAGAAAAGGAUCUUACCGAGGGGGUGGGUGGGGCGAGUAGAAGCAACAGGCAUCAAUUCAAUAAUUGUGAUGUUUAAAAAUCUGCAUUAACAA